AUGAUCGCAGAAAGGUUGGAAUAUGUCAAAUUUCAAACUGUCAUCAAACGACUGCUCUUCAUUGUCGGUUUAUGGACAAAAUAUGACUCGAGUUUAUUAUUCCGAUCACUGAUUCAUAUUUAUGUGUCUCUCUUUAUUGUUCCAACAAUCGGCGUGAUUAAUUUUUUUCUUACUAAUAUAACAAACAUUAAUCUCGCUACCAGAAGUUUGAGUACACUUCUGGGCUUCUCGACAGUAAUAAUAAAAGGAAUAUGUUUUAUAAUUAAUCGCCGCGAAGUCGACGAGCUGCACAAGAUUUUGGAGCCAUAUUUUAACGAAUUGUUGAAAACUCCCGAAAUGUCAACGCAGGUUUUGAACAAAAUCUCAACUUUCAGACGCCUGCCGACAAUAAUCAUGACAAUAGUCACCACCGGUUGCAUUUCUUAUGCGAUUGUUCCGAUAAUUUCGAUCAUACAACAGUAUCGUCAAAAAACUUAUCCGAUCAAUUAUAAUCUCAUCUAUCAAACUGUGUAUCCGUGGGAGGUUCCGAAAAAUUCGGCGAUCCACUUUAUCCACUUUAUCGACGAAUAUUUACUGACUGUUGCCAUUGUUCUAAUCACAUCUGCGGUGGACAGUUUGUACACGUAUUACAUGUUCCAAAUGAUCGGUAUUUUGCGAGAAAUAUCGUAUCGUAUUUCAAUGUUCGAUGAGAAAAAUUGUGAGUUUGAAAUACGCGAAUGCGUUAAUAAAUAUGAAAUUCUAGUACGAUGUACGAAAAAAAUACAAAAAGUGUAUGGAGUGAUUAUUUUAUGGACCAUGAAUGUCAAUGCGAUCGUACUUUGCACUGUUAUUUACCAACUUUCAAAUGCCAAAUCAAUACCGUUUUUUACGUUGCUCCUCUGCGUGGCGUACACUGGCUUGAAAUUAACUCAAGUUUUUAUAUACGCCUGGUCUGGAAAUCUUCUUACAAUCGAGAGUGAAAAAUUUCGAGAAGCCAUUUACGCAUCACGGUGGCUCGGUAAUACCCGACUAAAGUCUUCAAUAAUAAUAAUGCUUUCCCAAAAGCCCCUCAUUUUAACUGCGUGUAAUUUGUUGUAUGUCACAAUAAACAUGUUCGUAAAAGUUGGAAACACAACUAUAUCUUAUUAUUUAUUAUUAAAAACAUUCGAA